AUGCCUGCUGAAGCAUACUUCAAAGUCCUCGAGAGUCUCGUCAAGAACGACGGUCGUCUCCUCAAGCCCGAGACAGUCGAGAGAUAUGUCUUCACGCCCCAGCUAGUCGACGAGAAGGACAAGCUGGGCUCGACCCUGGCUCAGAGCAUGCGCAAUUCCUUCCUCAAGGAUCCCGGCGGGCGCAUGAUGUCUGGCGGUCUUCCCCUGCCGUCAGACGCUGGCGAGGAGCAUGAUGAGGUCGAGUAUAACCACAGCCUGCUUGGCGCGUUGAGCAGACGCAAGGGCGAGGAGAAGUGGGCUUUGCAUUGGGGCGGAGCGCCGAAUAUUCAGUGGUUUGUUGAUCCGGGGCAGGGUGUAGCCGGGCUGUUUGCGGCGCAGGUGUUGCCGCCGGCGGAUGGGCUAAUGCUGGAUCUGGCCGUAGAAUUUCGGAAGGCUGCUGUUAAGGAUCUUGGGAAGGAUGCAGCAUGA